AUGGCCGCCAAGUUCCCCAUUGACCAGAGCGUCCUCCCGCACCUGCGGACACGCAAGGCGUUGCUAGUGUUGGACCUUCAAAACGACUUUUUGAGGCUCGACGGGGCCCUGGCUCUGGAGGAACCCGAGGAGCUCAUCAAGGAGACCCUGGAUGUGGUCAAGGCUUUUCGCCAGUCCGGUGCUGGGGAAGUCAUAUGGGUCCGGAGCGAGUUCCAGGAGCACCGCCCAGCUGGCGGCGACCAGGUCGUCGUCAGCGACAGUGCCAUCCUGCCAUCGCGCUCGGCCUACUCCCGCGGCCGCAGACGGACGUCUGAUCCGCCGCCCGACGAGGCCGACGGCGACGACGAGGCCUUUCUGAGCGCCGGAAACGCGGACAAGCCCAAGUGCGUCCGCCCAGGGACUCCCGGCAGCGAGCUGGUCUCCGAGGUCCUCGCUGUCGUCGAGGAGAGCGGCGACAUGGUUCUCACCAAGAGCCACUACUCUGCCUUUGACUCCACACAGCUGCUGAUGCGCCUGCGCACCCGCCUCGCUACCGAGCUCUACAUCUGCGGCGCCCUGACCAACAUCAGCAUCUUCGCCACCGCCGUGGACGCAGGCCGCCACGGUCUGGCCGUCACGCUGGUCGAGGACUGCUGCGGCCGUCGGAGCGGGGUGCGACACCACAAUGCCCUGCAGAAGCUGGCGCAGCUGGUCGGCUCCGAGACCACCACGGGCGCCGAGCUCAUUGCCACACUAUCGCCCAAGGCAUCGGCGCGAAUAUCGGCUCCGGAUAGGAAAGGGCCCGUUCCGCGCAAGGUAGGGAGCAGCCCCCUUCGACCUGGGGACGGCAACAGCGGCGGCGGUGGCGGCAGGAGUCUACCCGUACGUAACAAGAUUCAGUCUCUCGAGGAGGAAGUCAGCUCCUCCUCAAAACCCGGUUCUGCUCCGCCUAGUUCGGAACUAAAAGCUGCAGCUCCCUCACACGUCGCCUCUUCGAAGCAGCCGCUGGUAUCCCCAUCGGUUCAACCCCUGGUAGCAGCAGACGCGCCGUCGCCGGCGCCCCUCCCCGUCCUUGACGGUCCCGCCGCGGCACCCAGCGCGAAACCUGUUCUUCCGGAUUCCACAGCCGCGCCGGCCCAACGAUCAGGCGAUGCGGACGGCAAGUCGGAACUGCCGGCGGCGGCGAAGCAGGCUCGAGACGGCGAAAAAGGAGUGAAUCCCAAAGAUGCCGCUAGAAGCUCAUCAAAGGGUAAAGCGGAGCAGCUGAAACAGCGUGUUGGAGACGCCGCGAGCACCGGCGCCAAAAACACAAAUCCGCACGCCACACCAACAGGGACACCAGUGGUUGAAAAGCCUUCGAAGCAGCCUGCUCUGGAUUCAUCGAACCCCAAGAGUGGUGAUGCACGGCAGCAAAGUGCGGACCCUUCAGACAUCACGACAACAGGAGACCACGACCGUGACGAAGACACGAGCGACGACGAAGAUGCCACUAUCGCCAAAAUGAAGGUGUCGCCGAAACAACCGACCGCGAGCGAGCCGCUCUGCGAGGGGGACACGAUCAUCUAUCACAAUGUCCUCCAGCCGUCUAUCGAAGAGGGUAUGUUUGAGCGCCUACGGGAUGAGGUCUCCUGGAUGCGCAUGUCACACCAAGGUGGAGAGGUACCGCGCCUCGUCUGCGUCCAGGGCGCGAUAGAUAAAGAUGGCAGUAUGCCUGUCUACCGACACCCGGCCGACGAGUCGCCACCUUUGCUCCCAUUCAGCCCGUCCGUCGUGGAGAUCAAAGGCGAGAUCGAAGAGCUGAUCGGCCACCCUCUAAACCACGUCCUGAUACAAUUUUACCGCAGCGGCAACGACUACAUAUCGGAGCACAGUGACAAGACCUUGGAUAUCGUCAAGGAUUCUUACAUCUGCAACGUGAGUCUCGGCGCCGAGAGGACGAUGGUCUUCCGGACUAAGAGGGUAGAUAAGGACCCCUCUCGGAAGACUGCCGAUGCCGAGGUGAAAGCAGAGACGGCACGAGAAGCGAAGGAAGCGCCUGCCGCACCAUCCUCCAACGACAGCAAGAAGCGCCAGACCGUCCGUGCCCAGCUCCCGCACAAUUCUCUCUGUCGUAUGGGCCUCAAGACCAAUAUGCGCUGGCUGCACGCCAUCCGGCAGGACAAACGGGCUGACCGCGACAAGACGGAGGCCGAGCUGGCUUUUGCGGGCGGCCGCAUCAGCCUAACCUUCCGGCACAUCGGAACGUUCCUCAACAGCAACAAUACACUCAUAUGGGGCCAAGGCGGCACCGUGAAGGAGCAGAAGGAUGCCAGGCCCGUCGUCAACGGGCAGACGCCCGAGGCUGUCAAGAUGCUACAGUGUUUUGGGCGGGAGAACCAAAGCUCCGACUUUGACUGGGGUGAGACGUAUGGCGGCGGCUUCGACGUGCUUCACAUCAGCAACGCGCCUCGGUUCUUCAGCAGCAGCGACCCCGUGGUCAACAUGCGGAUCCAGCUGAUGCUGGCGGAAUACGGCAUCGCAUUUGCCAAGGGCAGCAUGGGCCCGGCCCGUGCUACCCGUCACGACCAAGAGGGCGGAGCGGCCAGCGCGGACGACGUGGCAGUCAAGUUCAUCGACAACGACGCCGAGCACUCUACGGUGGAAGGCCAGCUCGCCAUCAUGCUGUACCUGGAUGCCCUGCACGGCGCGGCGCAGUACCAGCAGGCAGGGCACCUGUUGGCCAAGAGGCUGACACGAUUCCAGCGGGCGAUUGCCCUACUGGAUAAGUGGAGGGGUGUCGCCGCAUGCGCUGCUGCUGCGGACCACAACACGGCGGUGAAGGAGGAGGAGGCCGCCGAUGAGAAGGCGAAGAAGCCGGAGGAGAAGAAGCAGAAGAAGCGCAAGAACCCGCUCAGGCCGCUGGCGAGCGAGCUGCUCCUGUGGGACGGCUACGCGUCCGAGACGGAAGACGACUUCAUCGCGGGCGGGGAGGACGCCACGCUGGCGGACUUUGCGCUGUGGCCGGUCCUGCACGACAUGGAGCGGGCGUGCGGCGGGCAGGACGCCUUCGUCUCCGACCUGGCUGGCCUGGGCUGUGAGGACCUGGUCAAGUACUACAAGGUGCUCAAGGGGAGGCGCUGUGUGAUGCAUGUCCUCAAGACGCAGGGGGGCGCUAGCUCGUGA